GGGUUGUUUUUUAAAUCUACUGAGAUCUCUUUCCCCAUACAACUCGAGUGAAAUGGUAUCAUCAGAAGAAAGUUGGAAAGAGGCAACUGAGGGUUUGGAGGAGAAUGCCUGCGAUUCGUGGUUGACGCGCAUUCAAGAGAAUUAUUCGGAAGAUAAACGCACAUACCAUACUCUCGACUCAUUGAGUGAAAAACUUCAACAUUAUCAAGAUAUUAAGUAUAAUUUGAAGAAUCCCAAAGCCGUCCUUUUCGCUCUCUUUUUUCAAAAUUUUGAAUAUGAUCCAAAGGCGUUAGAUGGAGAGAACAAAAAUUUAGAUCAUUUUACUAAUUUCGCAAAAGAAGCUGGCAUGUCUGCUGACUCGGAACUAUUGGCGGAUACCCAGGUACUAUUAAAGGCUACGUCGACACAUAGCACUGAGGCUCAUAAAGUUGACGGUGCUUACGGAGGCGAAGAUGCCCAUUACCUCUUAGACCUUGACAUGGCGAUUUUAGGCGCUGAGCCUGACAAAUACUCCAAUUACCGAGAAAAGAUACGCGGCGAAUAUCUGUUUUUAAGCGAACCGAUGUACACCGCCCUCAGACUCAAGGUUUUACAAAAUUUUCUUCAAAUACCUAAUAUUUUUGCAACGAAAGAAUUUCGAGAAAAAUAUGAAGAACAAGCACGAACAAACAUACAAUCUGAAAUCGAACUAUUAUCCUAAAACUAUUUAAAUAUUACGUAAUACAUAAAAAAGUUGCUUUUAAAAAUCAAAUUGUAUUUAUACAAACUAGUAUUCCAACAAAAAGUUUAUCUUUUGUUCCGAUAUUUUUGAAGAUUAAUGAACCUAUAAAAAUCUAGUCUUUAAAACAAAUAA